GCCCGCCAUUAGUGCACAGAGAUAUCCAAGCAAGCAGUGUCCUUCUCGAUGAUAAAUACGAAGUGCGACUUGGGAGCAUGAGUGACAUGCGUUCAGCAAAGUGGGGGAAGCCAGAAUGUCUUCUCUCGGAUAUUGAGAUCGUCAAAGUCUCUCGACAAGCACACAUCAGGUCCACCGGCCACUUGUUCCUACGACGUCCUGUGCUUUGGCAAGGUGCUGCUGGAGCUGGUGACCGGCAACUUCGGCAUCAGCGGGUCGAACGCCGCCGCCUCCGAGGAGUGGCUGGCGAGCACGCUGAGCAAGAUCAAUGGCGGCGACAAGGCGAGCAUCACGAGCAUCAUCGACCCGCUGCUCGUCGUCGACGAGGACCACCAGGAGGAGGUGUGGGCGGUGGUGAUCAUCGCCAAGACCUGCCUGAGCGCCAAGCCCUCGCGGCGGCCGUCGGCGCGACACGUGCUGCGCGCCCUGGAGAGCCCGCUGCGGGUGGUCCGGCAGGGCUCCUCCCGGUCCAACUCGGCGCGGCUGCAGAGCUCGUCGUCGCGGAGCUCGUCGCAGUCCGUGUUCUAGGGGAACCACCACCACCGGGCGCACAGCUUGGAUCGGCGCCACUCGGCGCGGUCCCACGGGAGCGGGGGCGGAGGGGAGGGGUCCUUCUCGUUCUCGUUCAAGAGGGCCGCGGCGGCGACGGAGGUUGCGCCGGAGCUGGCGGCGGCGCUCGACGAGAACGCCGUCGUUGUGUAGCGUUAGCGUGUAGGGUGGGCGCCCCCCAUUUCUCGGUUCCUUUUCACAGGCAUUCCUGAUUUUUUUUUCUCACCUGAUAUCGUCGCAUCGCUUUUGUGUAUAAUUUGUUGUUGUCUGAUGCGUUCAUCCGGUACGGUGUUCCAACGUGACCAAAAAAAUUGUGCAUAGAGAGCAUGUUUCAAAUA